UUCUUGAUUACCUUUGACCUUUUUCAAAAGUAGGCCAGAGAGAGGACACCGGAGUUGAUACUAUCUUAAUUGAGAAAAUUAAUGCUCCAGAACAGUAGAUGGACACACAGUAGGUGGCGGCAUGCACAUCUAACGUUGGUUUGCGACCUCCAUAAAACAAUAGAAGAAGACUUAAAAAAAAAAAUAUAUAUAUAUAUAUAUAUAUACUUUUUUACGUUUGAAGCUACAUUCCAAACCGGAAGUUACCCGAUUUGCUCUACAGGCGGAAAAAAAAACUGAAACAUAGGAAGAAAACAGACAAAUAGUAGCAAGCUAGCUACGCUCCUAUUUAGCUAGACGUCUGAAGAAAUUAGCCAGUAUACUUAGCUCGAUAUUAUUAUUAUUAUUUAAUCAAUACGCUUUUGUAUUUGCGUGUGCCCUGUGUUCAUCCAAGCCUGUCCACAAAUAUAACAAACGGGUCACAAAUUGAACAACCAGGCAGGAGGUUGAACUAUGCAAACGCCUGUCUUUUCCGACGAAAGGAGAGGGCAGAUGAAUACUUUAAAUCAGCUAGCUAGCAAGCGUACCAUCCAUUAAUUCGUCUUGUGAUAUUUGUGUGGGUAUUACUGUCUUUAUUCGAGAACAAUAGAGAUCGGCAACUACCGUGGUUACUAAAUACGUGUCCAGAAUUGUCAUUCAUUGACGGCCUCCAAGCCCCGGGGCUCUCCCCCGGCCGGCGACAGAAGCAUGGCAGGAAAUCCGAGGAGGGGCGCGGGUCUCAUCGGCUUGAUGAAGGACGCAUUUCAGCCCAAUCACCAGCCUCUCCAGCCUCCCCAACCUGCGGUGGUAGACAAGAAAAUGGUGGAGAAAUGCUGGAAACUUAUGGAUAAGGUGGUACGUCUCUGCCAGAACCCUAAAGUGGCUCUGAAGAACAGCCCCCCCUACAUCCUGGACCUGCUGCCAGACACCUACCAGCACCUGCGCACCAUCCUGUCCCGCUACGAGGGCAAGAUGGAGAUUCUCGGGGAGAACGAGUACUUCCGGGUGGUGAUGGAGAACCUGACCAAUAAGAUCAAGCAGACCAUGAGCUUGUUCAAGGAGGCAAAGGAGCGCAUGUAUGAGGAGAACUCUCAGCCCAGGCGAAACCUGACCAAGUUGUCGCUGAUAUUCAGCCACAUGCUGGCUGAGCUAAAAGCCAUCUUUCCCAAUGGCCUGUUCCAAGGAGACAACUUCCGCAUCACCAAAGCUGACGCCGCUGAGUUCUGGAGAAGGUCUUUUGGUGAUAAGACCAUUGUUCCAUGGAGGACGUUCCGCCAGUCUCUUCAUGAGUUCCACCCAAUCAGCUCAGGCCUGGAAGCCAUGGCUCUCAAGUCUACCAUCGACCUCACCUGCAACGACUACAUCUCUGUCUUCGAGUUUGACAUCUUCACCAGGCUCUUCCAGCCGUGGUCAUCUCUCCUGAGAAACUGGAACAGUCUGGCUGUCACACACUCCGGGUACAUGGCCUUCCUCACCUACGACGAGGUCAAGGCCCGGCUUCAGAGGUUCAUCCACAAGCCUGGCAGCUAUAUCUUUAGACUGAGCUGCACUCGGCUGGGCCAGUGGGCCAUUGGCUACGUCACUGCAGAUGGGAACAUUCUGCAGACUAUCCCCCACAACAAGCCCCUCUUCCAGGCCCUCAUUGACGGAUACAGGGAGGGAUUCUACCUGUUCCCAGACGGCCGGACCCAGAACCCAGACCUCACAGGCCUGUGUGAGCCCUCCCCACAGGACCACAUCAAAGUCACCCAGGAGCAGUACGAGCUCUACUGUGAGAUGGGCUCCACAUUCCAGCUGUGUAAGAUCUGUGCCGAGAAUGACAAGGACGUGAAGAUCGAGCCCUGUAGCCACCUCAUGUGCACCUCCUGUCUCACUGCCUGGCAGGAGUCGGAGGGGCAGGGCUGUCCGUUCUGCCGCUGUGAGAUUAAAGGCACAGAGCCCAUCGUGGUGGACCCCUUCCGCCCCAAGAACAACGGCAGCGGGGCCUCCUUCGCCAGCUUCCAGGGACCCUACGGGGCGGAGGGAGGGGGCUCCUUGUCAGUCUCCCCGAGCAACGAUGAGGACGAUGACGAGCGCUUGGAGGACCCCCACCUCAACAUGAGCAGGUUGGCCUGCACCAAGGUAGAGCGUCCACCCUCCCCUGUGACGCCACUGCCCCCCGUGCCCCCCCGGCUGGACCUGGUGCCGCAGAGGCCUCCCAGCUCCCCAGGGGCCCUGGGCCAAGGAGCCACACCCAAGAUUGCAGCCCUCCACAGAGACAAACCUUUGCCUCUCCCUCCUGCCCUGCGAGAGUUACCCCCACCUCCCCCACCCGAGCGUCCCUCUCCCCUUGGACCCACAGAGGGCCGGCUCCAAAGGAGACCACUGCCAUGCACCCCUCCGGAGCCCAACUGGGCCUCCAACUACAUGGUUCCCCGGCCUGUUGCCAAGGCCCUGCCACAGACUAACGGGCCCAGUGACAGUGACUGCAUCCCCAGAGCAAAGCCACUGGCAGCGACCAAUGCUAUCUACUCCUUGGCAAUCAGGACACCUCAACGGGUGUCUACUGGUGAGAAGUCUUCUGGGAGUGACGAGGAGAACGAAUACAUGAGCCCCACCUCUCUCCCUUCAGGAGGACCCUCCUGGGCCAUGGCGGGGGCUGUCGUACCACCACCGCCCCAAACCACUGACCACGACUCACGAACUGUGGUGUGUGAUGUGGACUGUGAGGACCCUCAGGUGUAUGAGUCCAUGUGUAACAUCAAGGCCCAGGCUAGUGCUGCUGAGCCUCUGCCCGCCCUGUCCCUGCCACAGCAGCCCCCAGAGUCCGACUACCUCAUUCCGCCCCCUGCGGUUCCCCUGCACCUCGCAGUAGAGGAGAUUGAGGCAAAGGAUGUGUAUGAUUAUGACUACCCCCGACCCCAGGCUCCCCCGACCCCCGCCAGGCGCACCCUCUCUGAUGUCACCGGCACCUCGGCUGCCUUCAGGUGCCUCUCCAUGGACAGCCUGUCUACCAUGGAUCCCUCUAUGUUUGCACCAGGUCAGGACCCCGAGCGCCCUCCUAAGCCCCUCCCCCGCCGGGUCAACUCAGACCGGCAGCCCCGCCCUCUCACCCCAGAGGCCCUGCCCGCUGCUGUCAAUCCAUCAGUGGGCUCCAGAGGAGCAUCCGGAGGGCCCUCUCCAGUUCCUGGUGCGGAGCUACCCAUCAACGGGGAGAUAGAGCGUCUGAUGAGCCAGGGCUAUUCGUUCCAGGACAUCCAGAAGGCCCUGAUGAUCGCCCAGAACAACCUGGAGACGGCCAAGAACAUCCUGCGCGAGUUUGUUUCCAUCCCCUCCACGGCCCACAUCCUCACGUAGCAGCUGCAACACCACACCCUAUAUCCUUUACCCUCUGUGCCAUAAUGGAUAGCAUUUUUGCUGCGCUAGUUGUGACAGGUCUGGAAGCUCUGUAUAUUGUAAGGGGAGGGCUCACCUUGGUCCCAUGCACAGGCAUCUAGUGAAUCUAAAGAGAGAGGGAGAAUGCGUCAUGUGGCCUGUGUACAGCCAAGCCUUUGAACCUCGCAUGGUCGUUUGCGCUUGCCUCCAGUCUUAUUGUGUGGAUCUAAGCAUUUCCUUGUUUCUGGGUACAGCGUAGAGUAAGCCUAACUUUACACUGUGUUCUUAGGCUGCAAUGUCUCGCAAGGAGUAGUUUGAGACUUAUUGUGCAGCAGCAGUAACUGUCGUCGGGGCGUACUUGACUCACGAUUCCCCUCGUACAUACAUUUUGUAGCUAAAUACGCCAGGUGGAGACUAAAGCGUUUAAUUCUGUGGUUUGUGCUAAAGCUAACGAAUGUGAAUCUUGAAGUUGCAUUGCAGUAUUACAGGGCUCCAUGUCAUACAUUUCACUGUAUUGUAGUAAAUGAAGUAAUGAUUUUUUAAAAGUAAGAAUAUCUCCAAAUUGCUUUAGUUCCUGGUUUAUUGAUGGUCUUAUAAUAUAUAACAGUCUGAUGUGUACGUAAUCUUGGAAUGUACAGUAAAUGUACAGUAAUGUACAAUGUAGUGCUAACAUUGACGGAUUAACAUUUAACAUUUAUCAUAUUUGUAAUUAUUUUUUAUAAUUGUUUUAAUACCACCAGUGGUAGUGGUUUCAUGGUUAAGCCUUAUUGUUAAUUCUGUGAAUAGCUUGUAUAUUUUAAAGUGACAGUAUCCUUUUUUUAAUGUCAUACUUAAAAUUAAGGGAGUAUAUGUGCCCUAUCAGAAUUUUCCUAGCCUAAUCUGUAUUUUUUUCAUAUCCAUGCUAUUAACAUUUCCAGACAAUAGCAUAUUGAUUGGGCAGAGAAGACAAAGUGAUCCAAGUCUCAUAUAUAUAUAUAAUUACACUCCUUGAUAUUUAGUGCAAUGAAGUACUUAAUUGGCACUACCUCAUAGACUUGAUUUGCUGCCUCCUCUUGUACAACGUUCUUGUUAUGUUACAAACAGACCAUGACCCCAUCGUAAGGUGUAAAAAAAAAAAUGUAACGUUGUUAAUGCGUUUUCUUUGUACCUACCUUGAUUAGCAGUCUUUUUUUCCCCAGGGAUGUGGCUUCGACAGAUUAUUGAGAAUCUGUUCAUAUAUUAAUAAUGACAUUUCUUUCCUUUGAAUUUGAAACCCGGUUGGACAGAGGGAGUUUUUGUCAUUGUCCUCUUGACUCAGGUACACAACAGAAACUGAACAAUGUGUAGUGAUAUGCCAAGGUUGUAUGGGGACUCACACUCCAGAAAUGUUGGUUGUAAAUGUGUUGGAUUUAAAGCCAAAAGCAUUGAAAAUACAGGUUUAAAUCGCAUAUUAGUAGUAGAUACUUGUACGGUCAUUGUAAAGAAUGGCCAUGAUAUUUCUGCAUCGGUUUGUUUCUCUUGAUCUCAAUACCGUUUUAACUUCUUUCAAAUUGUGAUGUACGUUGACUGCAAUUCCUUGAUCAUGAACUUAAGUGCCACUCCUUGUAAAAUGAUUUGUGAAAAUUGACUUGAAAUUGUUCAAAGUAGUGCUUUGUAAGCCCUCUGCUUUCCACUGUCACUCAUAUGUAGACUCACCACAAGAGGGCACUCUGUCAUAAGAUAUUGCUGUGGUCUCUGACUCCACAUGCAGUGCUCAAUAGUUGCAGAAUUUACUGGUAUAGUGUAAUACAGUUGGUACUUUGUCAUUCGAUCUAAGAUCCAAUGUGAAAAUGUAUGUAUGGUAUAACUCAUUGUUCGCCUAACCGUUACAUACGGAGAGAAAUAGCUUUUUUCUUUGCCUUGUUAUUGCAUGUGUAGAUAAAAUAUUGUAUUUAUUGAUUUUAAUAUACUCCGCAUUCAUUAUGUUGCCAUAUGUGUUCAUGCCUCAGCCAUUAAAUAUUUUAAAAUAAACCAUAUUUUCUUUAAAAUUUGAUGAUUGGUAUAUUUUAUUGAAAAAUAUUUAAAUAAUAUUGUAGUACUGGAAAAAUAGUGUUUUAUAAUGUAGCUCUAGAAAAUAACAUUUUCCAAUCUGGUAACAGUAAAGGCAUUCAAAUACAAAUGAAAUCUGCUGUUUCUACAUGUCUAGACUAUUUUGUUGAACCUCCUCCCACCAAGCAUGCUCUCUAUGGAAAUCUGGAGCUACUGUUCUACUCACUCCAGCAUAACAGUGGUUAGCGGGGAGAAUUAUCUCCUUUCCCCCGUCGAGGUGCAUAGUCAGUCAUAUUUUAGCUGUUGUGAAUUAAAUGUAUUUUCAGUCAUGCCUUAGCCACUGAAAUGCACUCGUAUGUUUUCAAUUCUCUGCUGUAAACUUUUCUUUUAAAUAUUUUGUAUAAAGAUGACAAUGAAAAAGCGA